CCGGUUCAGAGUUCACCGGGGUCCUGACAGCGCGGAUUAGAAGAGACAACCGGCCAUUACCAACGUUAAAAACGUUUGUUCCGUUUUAUUUAGACCACUGUGACGAGUUUGAAACAUGUCUGGUAGAGAAGGAGGCAAAAAGAAACCACUGAAGACGCCCAAGAAGCAAACAAAGGAAAUGGAUGAAGAUGAUAUUGCCUUCAAGCAGAAACAAAAGGAAGAGCAGAAGGCUCUGGAGGCGUUGAAGGCCAAAGCUUCAGGAAAAGGACCUCUUGGCGGCAGUGGCAUUAAGAAAUCGGGCAAGAAGUAAGAUCUGAAUCUGACGACCAUGUCUGUCUGCUCCCCGGCCUCGCUUCCUGUGUCUGAGAUGUUUGUUUGCUGAGAAGACUACAAUUUGUUUUGCUCCGGUACACGUGAACCCCAACACUUAAAAUCCGCCCUGGUGUGGACGGCCUCCACCAGUGAAAAUGUACAGAAAAUUAACUGAAUAAAUUUGAGAAUUUCAAGGACCUGGAAUAUCUGUUGUCAGUCAGGCUCGGGACACACAUCAAAAUUCCCUUAUGGCAUGUACUUAUAGGUUUCACACUGUGAUAUUUGUUGUUGGGGACAGUUCACGCAGUCACACACUGACCAAAAUCUUCAAAUCCAGUUUAGAAAUGAAGGUCCACGGCUUUAGCAGUGGAAAACAUUUUGAUCUCUACCGUGUUUUGCUUUAUGUCCAUGUAAAACUUUAACCAUCAGCAAACACAAAUGAUCCCAAGUUUUUUUUUCUUCUUCUGAGUUGUGUUAUAUUGUAAAGAGGGAGAUGAUAAUAAAUUUUUGUAAUUAC